GUGAAUUAAUGUAAUGAAAAAAUAAUGCACCCGAAACUACAACCAGGUAUAUACCUACGCAUAAGUCAUAAUAAAAGACAGUGUUAGCAACGAUGAACGCUUAUAAAUUCAUGGAAGUAUUCCUUCUGAUUAGUGUAACAGUAAUUUCGCUGUCAUAUAUUCUCGACAAAGAAUCGUCUGAGAAAUUUGUUUUCCUGUUUUCUAAAGAACUAGAUGAUGAAGUUUUAGAGCAACUUGAAACGUCUUACUGGAAUAAACUCUACCAGAUAACUCCUACAAUCUUCAUAUUCCAAUACAAAGGCAGAAACAUAACUGAGUCUAUUCUCCGUGUGGAAAAGAAGUUUAAAAACCUUUUACUGGAGAUAGAGCCAGUGAAACAUUAUGUAGAGGUUAUCAGAUCAAAUGAAACAUCUCUAGACCAAUACAACAUGGAAACCGGUAUAGAAAAUCUUCUAAAGCCAAUUCUGGUAUGUGAGAAAUAUUAUGGAAUGGGUAUAGAGAAUGCGUGGUCACGUGGCUAUACCGGAAAGGGCGUGGUGGUCGCAGUCACUGAUGUAGGAAUUAACGCAAAACUGAAAGAUCUCGAGCCGAACGUAGACGACGAAUUGUGCUUUAAUUUCAUAAAUAAUUCAACGAAUGUGACACCAGAGUAUUUUCCUUCAUUCAGAGAAUUAUCACAACCAGACCACGGAAAUAGAUGUGCCAGCCUCAUUGCAGCAGUGAAAGGAAACGAAUUUUGCAGUGCUGGGAUUGCAUUUAAUGCAACUAUUGCCGCUCUUAAAAUAUUUGGUGUUGAACAAAAAAAAGAAACUCCGACACAUAUUCAUUUGCGGACCGACUCCGCAUUAAUGGCCAGAUCCCUUGUUUAUGGUCUUGAAGAAAUUGAUAUUUAUUCAAAUUCCUGGGGACCAACUGAACCGUUUUCAGAUAUUACUCUUGUUCGCAGAGAGGCCAUAAAGACCAGCGCAGGGAAGGGCCGCAGAGGUCUAGGCGCUGUUCAGGUAUUUCCAGUAGGAUCUCCUGGAAAUGAGUUAGCUAACAACGAAUAUACCAUUACAGUAAGUGCUGUAGGACAACAUGGAACCGUUCCUAGUGAUUCAGUAGUGAGUGCAAGUGUAUUGACCUCAGGACUUCGGAACGGUAACAACAUUACCGCAGAUUCAAUGGUGACUACGUCAUUCAAGAACAAAUGCAUAGCAAGUUUUAGGGGAGUUUCUGCUGCAACAGCACAGGUAGCUGGAAUAAUAGCAUUAGCACUAGAAGCAAGACCUCAACUGACAUUGGCAGACGUUCAAGACAUAAUUGUUUAUUCGUCUGAUGUCAGCUGCAUAAAAGACAGAGCAAACGUUACCACAAACGCAGCCGGACAUAAAUUUCAUCCGGUCUUUGGAUUUGGCCUAUUAAAUGCAACAAAGCUGGUUUCCUUGGCAGAAGAAUUACAAGCUGGCUCGGACAUUUCAAGUAUAGCCUUGCGCCAAAGAACCGCUUGCUAUGAUGAAGCAAAUGGAUUUACUGCAGAGUUUUGUUACAGCUGUUCACAAAGUGUUGAUACUUUCGUAAUUGCACGAGGCUGUAUGCGUGUAGUCAAAACUGCAAAGAUUCAAGUUGAUUACCACACAUCUGCUAGAUACAUACGCAUUAUUUUGAUCUCGCCGAACGGGACAGUGUCAGUCCUACAGGACAUUGAAUCGGACAAUAUGAAAACGAGUGAUAAGGGAAGAAAACAGAUUCUUACUACAGUUCAUUUCUGGGAUGAAGCUGCGUCUGGCCUUUGGCGUUUCAAAAUCGGGUCAAAUGGAAAGACGGAAGUGAUUGGUAAUGUUUCACUGACACUUUUUGGAGUUGUGUCUGUCUCUCCAGAUGCAGGAGGAAACGAAACUAAAUGUGCACCAACCUGCAAAUCUCAACAUGAUGAUACAGGUCAUUCCGACAAACCGGUUCACAACAACUCGUCGAAAGACAGUCAUAGUGGUGUUAUUGCAGCGGUUGUUUCUUCUUCUUUUUGCAUAAUUGUGAUUGCAAUUAUGAUUAUAUGCAUAUAUAAAAGGAGGAAUAUAGCUAUGCCAAAUAGUGAUGACAUAGAAACCUCUUUCAUUGAAGCUGUGAGUGACAGAAACAAUGAUCUGAAUUUAUAAAUUUGUCCGCCAAUACAUAUGUCGUAUAAAUACGUUUGAAUUAUCUAAAACUGCUUUCUUUUCCACAAAUUUCAUUAACUCUGUAAAGGAUUAUUUAGAUAGGAGAAAAUAAUUAAAAACAUGUUAUGUCUAAAGCUGAUUAACAUAAAGACAUGCUUAAAGUAUAUUUAGAUACACAAACGAGAGCCUGGCAUGUGUUGGAAAAAAACUUGGGUAGUGGGUAGCUUUAAAUGCCUAUUUAUACUAGAAGUGAUCGCAAAGGUCUAAAGUAAUACUGUCAGCUUGAAGAACAAGUUACUGUCAUGUUAUAGAGUAAAGCAGUAGUACUGCUAAUUUGUUAAAUACAGAUUGAAAUUUUUGAGCAUUCGGGACCUGCUUAAAAAUUACGAAAAACUCGUUCCUAUGUCACAUUAAGGUUACAUAAUACUAAUUUACUAGUUCAGUUUUUACUGUAUGUCAUAAAAACAACUAAAUCAUCUCAGUGAUAUGAAAACCAUAUAUAGGUCUAAAACAGACAUACAUUGUCCACUGAAACUAGAUACAUAUGAAAGGCAUUGUAUAAAUGCAAUAAAACCCGCCCUCAAUCGGAAAAAGCUAUUUAAUUAUUUCAAUUUUAACUGAAUAUUACCUGAGAUGACGCCAAAUUGGGCGUCCACCUCUCCAUUUUUUGACAUAAUCUAACGUCUUAAACGGUUAGAUAUCGUAAGCGGCAUGGUAUCUGCUUUGACCUGAUGUUCUUAACAUGAUGCUAGCUCUUCUUUGUGGGUCACAAGACACUUUACGGACAGUGUGGAUAUAUCACGUUUAAUGAAACAAGUAUACAAGUUUUAACCAGUAAUCAUGCUUAUGAGCGUGUGCCAAAUGAAUGUGAUAUAUAAUGAGAAGAAUAUGUGAUUAAGCAAAUUAUAUAUGUAUUCAUGCAUUUCUUGUUGCUUGUUAAAUAAAGUUUAAAGCUGG